AUGAGUAGUGUGUCGCGAUUCUUAACGUCAUGUACUCGAUCCCGUUCACCAGCACUAUGUACGUCCUGCCGGAGUAUGGCUUCUAAUGCCUGGUUCGCUGGCGGCGACACCUCAACUUCCUUUACAGGCAUAUUGAAGGGAUUUACGACCUGUGUCUGUGGGAUUGCAUGCAUUAACCUAUGCUUCCGCGGGAAUAUUUGGGGACAGGUGGAGAGUGAGAAGGAUGUUUACAUACCAAUAGCGGCGUUUCGAUCACGAGUUCCAGAACCAACAACAGAUGGUUUUGUAGAUGGUUCAGAGCAGGAUAACGAUAGGCGGCCGCCACACCUAAAGAAGUAG